AUGCCUCUUCCAGACCGAGUCCUACGGUUCCCUAGAUCCGAUGAGGCUGGGGCAUUUGUGCUCAUUCAUGUUUCACAGAACAGCUCGGCGCCUUUUGAUUUAACCCUGACAGCAACUGAAGGAGAAUCGCCCUAUAUCAGCUUGUUGAAGCAGGCACGCCUGAAAGAUCUUCGCGCAAAGAACUAUCAAGGGUCAGAGGAUGACUGGGCCAACACAGUGUCCUUAAUUCUGGGACAAUCCUCUCCGCCGUCGGAUGAGCCGGAUUGGGCCACUGGCCUUGAAACAGUGGCCACUAUAUCAGGCUCCGAAGAGGACAAGGAAAUUGUGAUUACGAUACGGAAGCGAGUGCAGACCAUCACUCAACGCCUCGGUACGCUUGUAUUGAAGCAAGACGAUGAGCAAGCCGUGGAACUGUUCGAGUGGACUGGGAUUGCCGUUAUGCGAGCUGACAUGCUGGAGCAACAAGUCUCCAGCCUAACUUCUCGUUAUCGCCUCGCCGAGGACACAAUACACAAAUUAAAUGAACAGCUUGAAGACCUCAUGCAGGCGAAGACCCAACAUGAAACCCAACUGGUAACCAACUUCGCGCAGCUUUUGAAUGAGAAAAAGCUCAAGAUUCGCAAUCAGCAACGCCUUCUGGCAUCAGCGACUCCAGACCCAUCUAAAGGUGAGGUCAACCAACCGAAGUUUUCUAAUUAUCACACUAUUGACCGAACAGCGAUAGUCUCUGAAAUCCAAGCUACUAUCCCCGAAGAGGAGUACGGUGCUGGACAACUCCAUUCGACAAAAAGAAGCGCCCAGGGUUUGAGCGAGUCUGAGGACUCCGAUGGAUUUGAACAGAUGCAUCUCGAUACGGAAAGGACUGAUCAAGACGCUAUCAAUGACCACGACACGGACGAUGAGCGCUCAACUCCUCAGCCCCUAGAAGACGAGAACAACAGCACGACUGAUGAUGAUGCGUCCCCAGAUAAUUCUGCUCAUAUGAAACCAGUCCCCCAAGCAAAGGACACAGCUCCCCCCCGAAGGGAGUUGCCGUUCACCAGAAGGGCUGGGGGAGCAACAACGAAGACUCCAUCGACUAUGGCCUCCGAAGAUGCCGAAGAAACCGCCGGGGAGACUGAUGACGAUGAGCUGUGA